UUAGGGUCAAACCAAUUUUACCAAUUUCCUAAACUUUCUUCCUACCUUCACUUAUAUACACGUUAACAUCCUUAUUACCAUUUCUCUCGACCUCUGCUUAGUUUAUUCUCCAAACUGACGUAAACGAGAGAUAGCUUUAAAUUAACUCUUUCUUUUGAAAUUGAGUUUAAGCAAUUAAGCUCAAAAAUGGCAUUUUAUUGUAAUGCUAAUCAUCAUGGGGUUAAGUAUAAGUUAAUUAUUAAUACUACUUUAGUGGUCGUAUUGAGUUUGUUAAGUUCUCUUCCGAGAGGCGACGCAGCUGAUGAUAAUUUGCUAGGAGCUUCCUUUAUAUUUGGUGACUCUUUGGUUGAUGCAGGGAACAAUAACUACUUAAGCACUUUGUCAAAAGCUGAUUCGACUCCUAAUGGGAUUGAUUUUAAGGCUUCUGGAGGUAAACCUACCGGUCGAUUUACUAAUGGCAGAACCAUUGGCGAUAUUGUAGGAGAAGAAUUGGGAAUCCCAAAUUAUGCUACUCCCUUUUUGGCCCCAAAUGCUACCGGAAAAGCCAUACUAUAUGGAGUCAAUUAUGCAUCAGGAGGUGGCGGAAUCUUGAAUGCCACUGGAAGAAUAUUUGUAAACAGACUUGGAAUGGAUGUUCAAGUUGAUUACUUCAACAUCACAAGGAAACAAAUUGACAAGUUAUUAGGAGCAUCCAGUGCAAGAGAUUACAUACAGAAGAAAUCAAUAUUCUCAAUCACAGUUGGAUCAAAUGAUUUCCUCAACAAUUACUUACUUCCAAUUAUCUCAAUUGGUGCCAGAAUUACUCAAAAUGCUGAUUCUUUUACUGAUGACAUGAUCACUCAUCUCAGAAACCAACUCACAAGGUUAUACCAGUUGGAUGGUAGGAAGUUUGUGGUGGGAAAUGUUGGACCAAUUGGGUGCAUUCCUUAUCAGAAGACAAUUAAUCAGUUGAAUGAAAACGAGUGUGUGGAUUUGGCUGAUAAGUUAGCACGCCAAUAUAAUGCAAAAUUGAAGGAUCUUCUUACUCAGUUGGGAGAAAAUCUUCCUGGAUCCACCUUCGUUUAUGCAAAUGUAUAUGAUCUUGUCUUGGAACUUAUCACUAAUUACAAGAAAUAUGGGUUUAACACUGCAAGUAAAGCUUGUUGUGGAAAUGGAGGGCAAUACGCGGGGAUAAUUCCAUGUGGACCGAGCUCAAGCUUGUGUGAUGACCGCGACAAACAUGUGUUUUGGGAUCCAUAUCACCCUAGUGAGGCAGCUAAUGUAUUGUUAGCCAAGCAACUACUUGAUGGAGACACCAAGUAUAUCUCUCCUAUGAACCUUCGGCAACUUAGGAGCGCUUGAUUUUGAUUACUCCUAUGUGUUGUUAUGCACGUAUGUUUGUGUAUGUUAUUGUUUCUAGCUGAGUUUGUUUUUCCCCUAUUACGUAGCAAAUGUUUUGUAACUUUACGUUGAGAAAUUAGUAUACCUCAAAUGUAAUGUAUUUCCUUCUUUUA